CGAAAAUAACACGAAAUGUGAACAAUAUGUCCGCCUCGUAUCGUCAACGUACCGUUUAGAAGUCUAUUUCGUUAUUAUUUCGACUCUACUGCGGUUAAUUAAUGAAAUAAGUAUAAAUAUAUCGGUAUUAUUGUGAUGCUAAUUCGCGAAAGUGACCAUUAAUUCGCGAAUUCCAAUUAUUUAGAAGUAAUUACCAGUAAUUACGCGGUCAAAGACGUAUCAAAAUCUACGUGAAAAGGCGCCAAAAUUAUAUCAUAUUUAAUCGUAAUAAGUAGUGAUCGAUCACGUAAUUAAUGAUAAAUCGGCGGAAUGUGAUUUCUGAAGAUAAUUACAUCAGCUUCGGUCUCCGGUCAACACGUCUUCAGCGGUUCGUUUCCAUCUUGGCCAUAUUCACUUCCAACACGAAGAAUUAUCAUCGUAAUGAACCAGUUAUAUCGACCGUCGGCCGCAGUAUUUACUUAAUUACCAUAAUCCACGAUUAUGCCUCCGACACCGGAUAAUCCGGCCGUAAUUGGCCAACACUUCAAUCAAGUCGAUACGAAUAACGUUAAUGAAAAAUGCAAAACCUACGAAUGCGCUUAUUGCCGCAAACGUUACGCUAUGAACGUCACUCGAAUGAAGCUACAUCUGCAAGCCUGCUCUCAAUGUCCGGUCGCAGUCAAGAAAACACUGAAUAUAAGACGUCACAAGAGCUCCUUACAGGCAGCUCUGAUGAAAAGUGAUUUAAUGGGAUCACCGGCUGUGUACGAACAUCUAAUCAAGAUGGAAGCACCUUCGCACGAGCUAGUUGAAAUGGAAGAAUCGCACCAAUACUCGGAAAAUGUCAGCUAUAUAGAUCGAGGAGGAGAUCGUAGCGAACCGAUGCAAAUUGGGAACGAUUCCCAACACGACAGCGAAGGUAACUCCAUAGUUUACCAGCAUUACACCAAGUUAGCUGAGAAACCCAACGAUAAAUGCGCCACGUACGAAUGUAAUUUCUGCAAAAAGAAGUACGCCAAGAACGUUACGAGAAUGAAGCAACAUUUAAUAGGAUGUUCGAAAUGCCCGAUCGAGGUACAACGAUCGUUUAAGAUUAAAAGGCACCUGAUCACCAGAGUGGAAGGUAUGUCGCGUAAUUCUGUCGAUAUGUACGAUUCGUUGGGCUCGUACGGUGCUCCUGAAUUUGUGGAAGUUGGCGAAAAUCAAGAAUCUAUGGAUUUCUCCAAUGUUUUGAAUUCUAUUCGUAAAUUGAGCAAAAGAGAAACUACGAUUAUUUGGACAUUGAUGGCUAGAGCGUGUUACGCCAGCGGUACUUCGUUUGAUUUUAUUGAAAAUCCAUUUUGGAUCGCGUGUUUCAAGAAAAUAAGACCGAAUUUAGCUCUUCCCACGAGACAUCAUCUGUGUACCACACUUCUAGAUAACGAAUACAUGUGUAUGAGAAGAGCGGUGGAGGAGAAGCUUCAGACGUCGGCUAGUUUAUCUUUGCAGCUUUUUGGAUGGUCGAAUUCAAAAGACGAUUCGUUAAUCAACAUGGUGAUCGUAACGCCGACCGGUCCAGUCCUGUACAAAACCUUAUUAGGAGGCGGCAAUCGCCACAGCGCGAAAUUCCUGCUGCAGCUUAUCCAUCAAGUAUUCGACAAAAUCGGCGCCGAAAAAUUCGUCUCGGUGAUGACAGAUAAUGUAAAAAACACGCAAAAAGUGGCGCAACUUUUCAAUAGCAAGUACUCGAGUAACAUUGCUUUCUACUGUUGCUCAGCUCUAUCACUCGGUUUCCUUUUACAAGAUAUCUGUCGUAUCGAGCCGAUUCGAAGCGUCACAAAUAUCGCCACCAGUAUAAUUCGUAAACUGAAAUCAUCAUUGACGCUGCGUAACAUUUAUACGGUGAUAUGUUCUCAAAUCGAUAAUGAAAAACCGUUGGAUUUAGUGCUGCCGAUUAAAUCGCAACGAGAUUCGAUCGUACAUUGCUUGGAGACUUUCAUCAGUAACGAGACGAAUCUGAAAUCUUUGGCUGUGCACGACGAGGCUGGAGUCGUUCUCGAGCUGACCAUCCACAAUAUCUUGGAUCCGGAAUUUUGGCUCAGCAUUAAGACUAUUUACGAUUUACUGAAACCUAUCUCGGAUAUUAUUAAUUUAUUGGAAAACGAACAAAACACACUGUCCGUACUUCCAGUAUUAUUUCAGACUAUUCGUAAACAUCUGAACUCUUUCAUUCCUAAACUGGCCGUUAAGAUGAAAUUCGACGCUAACGAAGCGUUCACCGCUUUCGAAGAACGUAAAAAUCUCGCCCUGCAUAGUAUCCAUUACGCUGCUAAUUUACUCGACCCUCGAACCAAAGGCGAAGCUUUGAACGGCGACGAAAUAAUCGAAGGUAUUUCGUAUAUUUCUUCGUUGGCUCCGAUCUUAGGCGUAAAUAAAACCGAAGUGAUCUCCGAUCUGGCUCUGUACCGUACCAAGCAAGGCCUAUGGAGUAAGAGUUUCGUAUGGGAAGCACUAGAAACACAUCCAGGCGAAGGUAAAGAACUACCGUCGACGUCUUGGUGGAACGGUAUCUGUUCUUCGUCUCCUCUGGCCAGGCUCGCAUCAGCCAUUUUACUCAGCCCGGCCACCACAGCUAGUUCUGAAAAAAGUUUCAAGUCGUAUGAUCUUCUACAAGCCAAACACUCCAAUAAUUUAUCUAGCUCGAGAGCUGCGAAGCUGGUCUUCAUUACGCAUAAUUUACGCAGUUUAGACGACGAAGUCAAGUACGAUAGUAUCAAGAAAACCAUGUCCAUCAACGAAGAUACCCCUAUGUUCAUGGAAGAAGAUCAGUAUUUGGCUGGAACUGAUACCGGAGAUGAAAGCAACAUGGGAGUUGCCGGAGCGAGUAUCGAAGAAGUCGAAGAAUACAUGACCGAAGCGUCGAUGCAAAUUUUACCAGAUAAUGCUACCUCUUCCCGGUACGAAGAAGAAGACGAAGACAGCGAUGGAAACGUGUCGAUUUAUGUGUAUUCCGAUAUAGACGAAUUAGACGACGAUUAGUGUUGAGAUGUUCCUACUAGAAGAUUAUAUUUUAUACGUGGUGAAAAGUAGGGUUUUUUGUAAUUAUUUUCCCACGAUAUUGUUAUUUUGUGCAUAUUCUGUACAGUAUUUGUGUUCGAAUUGUACCUACGUAAUUAGAUUGUUACUUUUAUUUAUUGCAUACUUUCGUAAAGUUUUCCAUUUUUUUCAGAGUGUUUGUUAUUUUACGUGUAUGACUUUUUUCCCUUAUGUCUGUAUAUUUUCAUCGUGUACCUAUUUUAGAAAAUAAAAUACAUAUUUUUUCA